AUGGUUCUGGGAAAGGCUAUUGAUCGGUUUAACUAUUGGUAUUUUUCAUACACUAUUCUUUCAAAUGUGUACUUUUUGGAACCAGCUGAAAGAUGGGCUUGCAAUGUUUUGCUCUUGUUCCUACUUUCCUUAGUUUUCUACACAUCUUAUGUUUACUUGCCUGGGCACUCACUGAUGAUGCUGCAUUUCUUCAAGUACUUGCUGGGCAUGGAGACUGAAGCAGAAGUGACAGUUGUCACGUGA